UAUAUUACUACACUUGUUCUUGUUUUUUCGUUCUUCUUGUUUUAAUGGAAGUGAAAACUCAAGCUAUGUCUAGUUUUGAUUUCAACUCUCAGCUUCCAUAUUCCUCGUAUGUUGAGCAUUCAGACACGUCUGUUUCAAAUGCUGCAAUGAAAGUGCAGAAGGUUUAUAGGAGUUACCGUACCCGGCGCAUGUUAGCUGACUCUGCUGUGGUUGCUGAAGUGCUCUGGUGGCAAGCCAUAGAUUAUGCUCGGUUGAAUCACAGUACAGUUUCUUUCUUCAACUUCAUGAAACCAGAAACGGUGUCUUCCCGCUGGAAUCGCAUAAGCUUAAAUGCUUCCAAGGUUGGUAAAGGUCUGUCCAAAGAUGCUAAAGCUCAGAAAUUGGCAUUUCAACACUGGAUUGAGGCGAUUGAUCCACGCCAUCGUUAUGGGCAUAACUUGCAUAUUUAUUAUGAAGAAUGGUGUAAAACUGACUCUGGUCAGCCCUUCUUCUUCUGGUUAGACCUUGGAGAUGGCAAAAAGGUUGAUCUCGAAGACUGUCCAAGAUCUAAGCUUCAGAAGCAAAGUAUCAAGUACCUUGGACCUCAAGAGAGAGAACAUAAUGAAUAUAUUGUUGCUGAUGGGAAAAUUGUGCACGAAAAAACUGGAAAUCUUCUUGAUACAACUAAAGGAUUGCCAGGGGCAAAGUGGAUUUUUGUGAUGAGCACGUCAAGAAGACUCUAUGCUGGUGAAAAAAAGAAAGGAAUGUUUCAUCAUUCCAGUUUUCUUGCUGGUGGGGCUACUUUAGCUGCUGGAAGACUAGUGGUAGAGGAUGGAAGAGUUAAGUCUAUUUCAGCAUAUAGUGGACAUUAUCGCCCGACUGAAGAUAGGCUUGACAGCUUUUUAUCAUUUCUUAAUGAAAAUGGGGUCAACCUGGAUAAAGUUGAGAUAAGAAAAGCAAAUGAAGACUAUGAAAGCUAUGAAGAUGGAAAGUCUAUUGGAAGUGGCUCUGCAUCUGAAUUCUCAGUUCUAUCGAAUUCUCCUUCUCAAACUAAUCUUCGAAAGGAAAAGGAAAAAGGCGUUCCAUCGGAAUCAGCCCCAAAUCUGGUAGCUCAAACGAGUAGUUAUAACCGAUCGCUCUCAGGCGGUCUUCAGAUCCCAAUGACAAAGGUGCCAAAGACCGCAAUACUGCGAAGGAUUCAUUCAGAGAAGUCCACGAAGUCGUAUCAACUUGGUCAUCAACUUUCCCAGGCGUGGUCAACAGGUGCUGGACCAAGAAUUGGCUGUGUUGCUGACUUCCCUGCUGAGCUAAGAUGGCAGGCCUUGGAACUGACUAACCUCUCACCUAGACCUUGUUCCGUAUGAUCAACUCCCAUGCUGGUUCACAAUCCUUGUUAACUUGCAGCUUAUCGCUCUCCACUUCUUGGCGAUGGCAACAUAACUCUUCUGUAGCGAGUGUAAAAGCCUUGUUCUUCUUGGCUAAGCUUAUAAGUUGGUUUCUCCCGUUUAUAAGUACUUUUUGACUUA